AUGGCCGGUGAAAUUACCAAGGAUGUGGUAUCCUCUUCCCUUUCCCUUGAUGGCCGGGUAGCAAUAGUAACUGGUGCUUCACGUGGCAUUGGCCGGUCCAUUUCCAUCCACCUUCACUCCCUUGGUGCAAGAUUUGUCAUCAACUAUGCUUCAAACUCCACUCAAGCUGAUCUCCUAGCUUCUGAGCUCAAUGCCUCAGCUCCCACUUCACAUCCUCAAGCAAUUGCUAUCAAAGCUGACGUUUCCGACCCGGAUCAAGUCAAGCAACUUUUUGACAGAGCUGAAGAAGAAUUUGGCUCAAAGAUUCAUAUCCUUGUACAUUGUGCUGGUGUGCUCGAUCCAAAAUAUCCCACCUUGGCUAAUACAACAGUGGAGGAUUGGGAUAUGACCUUUAAUGUCAACACUAAAGGAGCAUUCCUGUGUUGUCGAGAGGCAACUAAUCGGUUGGCUCCUGGGGGUGGUGGAAGAAUCAUUAUGAUAUCAACAUCUCUUGUCGGAGCACUUGCACCAGGUUAUGCAGCCUACACUACUUCCAAGGCAGCUGUGGAGACAAUGACAAAGAUAGUGGCCAAGGAGCUGAAGGGUACACAAAUAACUGCUAAUUGUGUUGCUCCAGGGCCUGUGGCAACAGAAUUGUUUUUUGCAGGUAAAACUGAGGAAACAAUCAAGAGAAUUGCGGAUGCUAACCCCCUGGGCCGACUUGGUGAACCCAAGGAUAUAAGUCAGGUUGUAGGAUUCAUAGCUAGUGAUGCUGGGGAGUGGAUCAAUGGCCAAGUUAUUAGAGCUAAUGGUGGAUUUUUCGUUUAA